CGCCCGCCCGCCGCAAAGACUCCCGCGGCCGUGCGGACUGGGCACCUCGCUAGGCCACGAGCGAGGGACUCCCUGCUCAUAGGCAGGUGCCUCCACCUGGCGUGAAACUUCCCAAAUCGUCUUCUGCUCUUUCGGACUAAGCCGUUUGUGGUAGUCGUCGUUCUUCCCUCCCGUGUUCUGGGCUGGCAGGCUGACUGCCAGACUCCCACCGCCGCCCAAGGCUCCCAGCCCGCUCGCCCGUCGAGUGUCUCGCAGUCUCGAUGUUCAAGGAGGACGGCGAGUAUCGGGCGGACGCGGCAUGAACAGCCACGCGCCUCUCAGCACAUCGUCACACCCCAAUUCCAUAUCCCUCACUCCCACGGCCUUGGCUACCCUGGCUCCUCCAUCUACGCCUUGCUUGCCAGUCCUUACUAUAUCGGGGCUUCUAUCACUGCUCCGAAUUCGCCCCAUACCUUGGGUCCUAUACCUCCUCAAAUCCGUCCGUCCCCACCCAGGAAGCAACCCCAUCACCACACCCCCCUGGCACGCCAGUCCGGUGCGUUUUAUGCUCCCCACACUCGCCUUUUCUCAACUCCAAAUGUUCGGAUGCACGCAAUGUAGAUAUAUAAAUCUUCAUCUGCUCCCCGUGGUCUCGGUCUCGGCCAAACCCUUCUCCCCAUAUGCGAUCCCCAGACUUCGUUUUCAGGAUAUCCUCUUGAGAGUCAUUUUCCAGUCUGGGAAGCGUAUAAGAGGAUUGCAGCCUCCCUCCUCCCUGCAUCUUUCAAGCCUUACAAGCCCUUGGCCCAUCCUCUAUCUUGACCCCACGGUGGCAGACUGCUCCUUGCAGCCGCCUGUUCUCUCCAACCUCUGUUGAUACUCCCAUCUCUAGCUGUUAUGGCUCCAGCAAUUCCCGUCCCCACUCAAGGGGGCAUGUUCCACACAUUUCAAGGGGUCACCCCACGGAAGCCGUCGACGGACUCUCAGGGGAGCCCCAAGACAGGCGGAACCAACACCGCCAAGCGGAUCACGACUCCUCACGCUUGCGCCGAAUGCAAGAGACGCAAGAUCCGAUGUGACGGCCAGCAGCCAUGUGGCCAGUGCCUGUCAAGCAGGGCACCAAAGAGGUGCUUUUACGACAAGCAUCGCCAGCGCGUCAUCCCCUCCCGCAAGACCCUAGAAGCCCUAUCUCAGUCACUGGAAGAGUGCCGCUCCAUCCUCAAGAGGUUAUACCCAGGCCAGGAGGUGCAGGCGCUCCUCCCUCUCUCCCGCAUGGAGCUUCUCAGCCUUCUCGACCGCCCUAUUCUUGACACUUCUGUCGGCGCGCUGCCGUCACCGCCGCUCCACACCUCGCCACUCAACGAUGACCUCCAGUCACCUCUCUGCCUCAAGUCGGACCAGAGCCUUUCUGGCCUGGAGCAGAUUCCCGCCAGCGACAUAGAGUGGGACGAAGAGCGCAGGGGAAGAGACCCCAUCCCAGUCGAGGCCGACGACGUAAACGCCCUGUCACUCUCGGUGGAUCGCCAGGCGUCGUAUCUCGGCGCCUCCUCCAUCAAGGCCGCAUUGAUGGUGAUGCUCAAGGUUCAACCUGCGCUCCGAAACACGCUCUCGGCACCGCUCAACAGCUCCGAGAUGCCGCACAACUACCCGUCGGUAAAGCAAAAGACGGGCACCCAAAAGGACCCCCAGAGGAUCCCGUGGUCGUGGAAGGGCCAGACCUUGAUUGAUGCCUACUUCAAGCGCAUCCACGUCUUUAUUCCCAUGCUAGACGAGACAACCUUCCGCGCCGACUACCUUGAGGGGCAGAGGUUCGACGCGCCCUGGCUGGCAUUGCUCAACAUGGUGUUUGCCAUGGGGAGCAUCGCUGCCAUGAAGUCGGACGACUACAACCACGUCAACUACUACAACCGCGCCAUGGAGCACCUCCCCAUGGAUGCUUUUGGCAGCAGCCACAUCGAGACCGUGCAGGCUCUCGCGCUUCUUGGCGGUUACUACCUCCACUACAUCAACCGUCCCAACAUGGCCAACGCCAUGCUUGGAGCCGCCAUCAGGAUGGCUAGCGCCCUUGGCCUCCACCGCGAAAGCCUGACUCAGGGCUCCGGUGAUGCCGUGACGGUCGAGACGCGUAGGCGCACCUGGUGGGCCCUCUUCUGUCUUGAUACGUGGGCCACCACCACAAUGGGCCGUCCGUCUUUCGGCCGCUGGGGUCCCGCCAUCAACAUCAGGAUGCCCGAGUUCGGCAUCAACGCCGGACGCGACUCAUCCAACCACGCAGGAAUCCUCCCAAUGAUUGAGAACAUCAAGUUCUGCAAGAUCGCGACGCAGAUCCAGGACAUGCUGGCCAUCUCUCCUCUGCUUCGCGUCGACGACCGCUGCCACCUGGACGUCACUCUCGUCAACUGGUACACCAGCAUGCCCUGGCUGCUGCGGACGACAGACCCCUGCGCCGAGCCACUGUACAUUGCCCGCUGCAUCAUGAAGUGGCGCUACCAGAACCUGCGCAUGCUUUUGCACAGGCCAGUCCUGCUGAGCCUGGCCUCGAGCGGCUCCACACAUGCUACAGAGCACGACAUUGCUGCGAUUGAGACGUGCCGAGAGCUCGCCAAGCAGACUAUCGGGGACAUUGCACGCGAGUGGACCCGCAACCAGAUGUCGGGCUGGAACGCCGUGUGGUUCCUCUACCAGGCAGCCAUGAUCCCUCUCGUCUCUAUUUUCUGGCAGUGGAACAGCCCGCGCCUGCCCGAGUGGCACAAGCAGAUCGAAACCAUCCUUGAUCUGCUAGAGGCCAUGGAGGACUGGUCCCUGGCGGCCCGCCGGAGCCGCGAGGUCGUCUGGCGCAUGUACGAAACCUCAAGGUCCCCGGCCCUUGCCGGCCACCGCCGCCCAGAGAGCCCCGCCGGAUCCAUCCACGUCGCGACGGGCAUGAGCCCGGAGCAGACGCACACGCUCCUCAUUGGGGGCGACGCGGCCGAACUCCACAUGUCCCCCAUCGGGCUGGAGCCCGAGGGCAUGAGCAUGAUGGGCAUGCUAGAGCAGGGCAUGUGGGACCUGGAUGGCAUGCACUGGGGCGGCCGCCAGGAGGAGUACGAGUUCUCACCCUAUGGCUCUGUCCAUGAGAGCAUGAUCCACAUGGAGUACGGCAUGAUGGGAAACCACCCAACCUCGGCCGGCUUGGAGAGCAGCUUUCCCUACGUUCACUAAAGAGGUGGACCUGUUGGUCCACUCUCAUUUUCACUUGAAGGAGUCUGGGAAAACUGGUAAAGAGAAAACCAAGGACGGUUAACAACAAAAGACAGCAGAAAAAGGGUGUUCUCUCAUGAUGACGGACUACACGAUUUCAUUAGCUCGGCUCCUCCAAUCGCAUUUUCACCUUCCUCUUCAUUCUUCCUUUUCCCCUUGUUCAUUUCCACCUUCUCUUUUCUUUUCUUUUCUUUUCUUUUUUCCCACCCUGGAGACCACCUUCCUUGUCAGGGGGUCUGCCGAUUCUGGGGCGGUACACAAGAACGACAAGGGUGGGUGGGGAUCGGCGGUAGAAGACAACAGCCGCCGGUACUUGGGGGUGUGGGGGGAAAACCCCACCCAGUCGUUGGAGACAGGGUCUUCUGAGCGACGGGAAAAAUAUCAGCGCUACUGCGAUGGCGCUACAUCGGAGAUAUCUUCAAACAGUUCGCUUGGUGCCUUUCCCAUUUCUUUUCUUUCUGGCCUGAUUCUGGGGGCCUGCCGCCAGGGGCCUGGGACCACCGCUUCGUUUCUUGGUUUCGGCUUUUGCCUUCGGCCAUGCGCUUGUUCUUCUUUUUCCUUUUCUGGGGACACAUUGGUUUGCGAGUAUACCCGAAAUGAGCCAUGUUUAGCAGAUUGAGGAUUUUUACGACAGAGACGCGUCAUGCCACACACCCCAUUCAAUGAUACCAGCGUUUUGUUCAGCUUGUUUUUCCCUCAUGGAAAAAAACGAAAUACCACGUGGGCACUUGGACUUUGCA